UCUCUUCACUUUCAAAACAACACGCGCUCUCUUCCAAGAUGUCAGCGCCUAUGGAAAUAGUUUUAUGUGCCGAUUCGGCUGGACAACUAUGGAACUGUGCCGUUCUCGAACUCCAUUCUGGUACAAAUCUCUUGGCCUAUCGAGGUGGCAAUACUUCUUCGAGGUCCCUAACAGUUUUGAAUGGAGAGUACAUCCUCGGAGCCCAACUCGGGAAAAACUUCAUCAACGUGUGGGAAAUCCAGAGAAAGGAUCAGCUGCAGCAGAAAAUCGUGUGUCCUGGGAUUGUGACAUGCCUGACUACUUCCCCCAAUGGCCUGUACUUGGUGGCAGGCAUUGCUGAGGCCAUCUACUUCUGGGAGGUUUCCACUGGGAAUUUGCUAGCCAUCUUGAAUCGCCAUUACCAAGACCUGACCUGCCUUCGCUUCACUGACGACAGCAGCCAUUUUAUCUCAGGAGGCAAAGACAACCUGGCACUGGUCUGGAGUCUAGCCAGUGUAGUGCAGCUGGACCCGUCACACACCCCUGAGCCUCGCCAUGUCCUGUGCCGUCACUCUCUCCCCAUCACUGACAUCCACUGUGGCCUGAUGGGACCCCAGGCUCGAAUAGCGACUGCAUCCUUGGACCAGACAGUCAAGCUAUGGGAGCUAUCCUCAGGUGAGAUCCUCCUGUCUGUUCUCUUUGACGUGGGCAUCAUGUCAGUGACCCUUGACCCCUGCGAGUACUACCUCUUCUGUGGCGGCAGCGACGGCGGUAUAUUCCAGGUGUCCCUCUGCAGCCAGAGCCUAAAUCGAGAUCAGACGUUCCAGUCGGACAACGAGGGCAACCAGGUUUUCAAAGGACACAGGAACCUAGUGACCUGUCUGUCUGUGUCUAUGGACGGCACUCUCCUCCUCUCGGGCUCCCACGACGAGACCAUACGACUGUGGGACAUCCAAAGCAAGCAGAGCGUCCGCGUAAUCAACCACAAAGGUCCGGUCACCAAUGCCCUCAUCAUCCCUGCCCCUGCCAACAUGUUCCUGCCUGACAGCCGCCCGGGCAUCCCCCUGCCCCGCUUCAGCCGCCACCUCAACCCCCUAGAGCAGGGCGAGGGCACAGAGACUGGAGGAGUGUGCCUGCGUCUGGCCCCCCCCACACAGGCCCAAAAGGAGACCUAUUUGGAGAAAGCAGACAAACUCUUCUCCCUGAUGAGUGCCGUAACAGACAAGAGUGUGUUUGGCGAUGGCGAAAACACCAAGGUGCGUGUGUCGGAGCUGGAGGAGGAAGUCAGGACGCUGAAGAAGGUCAACAGGGACCUGUAUGACUUCUCCACACAGCUCCUCACUAAGCCCAGCUAGAAAAGAGCCAACACUCCUGGCCAUGGUCCCCCCGUCCCACCAGCAGGGACUCUACUAGGGGGGAGGGGAUGACACCACAGACCGGUAGGCUAGGGAAAGAUAAGUUAGUAUGUGUCAUUCAUAUAGUUUGUUUUGUAAGGGAGAGGGCACAUUCAGCAGGACCUGGGGUGCAAAAGUUGUACCAUGGACCGUAUUGCCUUGAUCAUGGUCCCUCACCAUAUUUUGGAAAAAGGAUUUAAUUUAAAUUGACAUGAAGAAAACAUGCUCACCUUUUUUUGUGCUACACAUGUUCAGUGUUAGCCACAGGAUUAUUAACGUAGUAUAGUGGAGCCAGACUCAGCAGCAUAAUUGAUCUUAGCCCUAUAUCGACUUAACAGAAGCUCCAGUCCCUCGACAACCUCAAUUUACAGCCCUGUUCCUUCACACUCAUCACUACUGCCUAUAAGCCCAAAAAUCCCAUCAGCCAAAAAUUGUUGUAACAGGAUCCAGUUAUUGCCCUCUGACCUUUCGUACUCUUUGUCAUCCGGCUAACCCCCUAAGAAUCCCCCAAACUCUUAGUUUUCUAUUACCCACUCCUUCUCGGCUAGGACACAUUCUCCCAGCACUUAAGCAUUCAACAAGAACAGGGCUCUACAGUGCGACCAUUUUACUCGCAUAUGCGCCUAAAUAUUUUGCUGUGCAACCUGGAAUUUCUAUUUAUGAGCACCAGUGCGCCUAGAAAAAUUAAGGAUUCUAGCUUUAAUAUAUCAAAUAUUUUUCAUUGUGCUCCUAAAUCUCUAUGUGCACCAACAUUUUUCUACUGCAGCUAAUAGAUUGGAUGGAUUUGUGUGACAAGGACCUGUUGUGCCCCUAGGUCUUUGGCUUAGCAUCGACGAGAUUGGUGUUCAUUUCUGUCACAAAAUGGAUACGGUAUGAUCGCCAUGGUUGGUAGGUACCCUUCACGCUAUCUCUCAAGCAGAACUUUAAACCUCUCAUUAAAACAGAAAGAAAAUGGUGGUGUAAAAAAAAACAAAAAAAGGGAAUAGUGGAGGAAUAUGUUUGAUUAUAGCCAGAAGCCUGUGAGUUCCGUUUUUCAUCUUACACUAUCUGUAGCAAACAUGGAUUUGGUUCUGCACUGCCCAGCAGCUCUACACGUUUACAUUACAUUUUAGUCAUUUAGUAGACGCUCUUAUCCAGAGCGACUUACAGUUAGUGAGUGCAUACAUUUUUCAUACUGGCCCAUGGUUUGUUUUCAGAAUCCUUCAGAAAAAAAAACACAAUUAACCGCUGUCAAAAAGGAAAGAGUUUGAGCUCUGAAAUCGCCCUUCCUCUCAUCACUGCUAAUUUUCCACCGAGGGCACUACGUUAUAGGCAGCGACAUACAAACAGCUGUUGAUUUUAUCAUCUUUUUCUAAUUUGCCUUGCUCUGAUGAGAUCAAAAAAGGGUAUUGUAUUUCUGUGUGCCUCUUCAGUAGAGAAGAGGGAACUGAUGAGAACAGCGACCCUCCUGUGUAGAGAAAGACAUGGCUUUAGAACUCCCGUUCACCAAGGAGAGAGAUGACUUACACGCACCCCAACGUUGACUCCAAUUAACUCACUGUUGGGGGGGUCAGGCCAGUGAGAUGGCGCUUCUGAGGACCUUGAUCACAGAUGAAUCGGAGAGUCCAAGGGUUGAGAGUAAAGAAUGUUCAGUGGGGGGGAUUACGUGUUGUUCCAGUAAUAAAGAGAAAAAGACCAACCGGAUUUGUACUUUUUUCAUGCAUGUGUUGUGUACUCUCCACAAUAAGUGUUUUUGUACCUUUCUGAGACCACAGGAAAUAAAAACCAAAACUAAAAUCUG